AUGUUCCAAUCUCUUGCUCUUCUGGCCCUUGCCAGCCCUGCCUUUGCCGGUGUCAUGCAGGCCCGUGGUGAGGCUAGCAUCCACCCCGCUGCUGAGAGCUCCGCCUCUGCUCACCACGUUGAGGAAUGGGGCCACAGCUGGAGCCGUCCUGCUGAGGAGCACACCUGGACUACUCCCUGCACCACCAGCACCACCAGCACUCACCACCAUGAGACCAGCACCACCCCCACCACCACCCCGUGCACCACUCCCACCCACAGUCACACCACUCCUCACUCUACUGAGUCCAAGACUACCACCCCGUGCACCACCCCCACCCCUGUGACUAGCUCUCACCACACCACUCACACUCCCGUGAUCCCCGGCACCACCAAGACGAUCACUGUUGUGACCACCACCUGCCCUGUCACCUCGUCGGUUGUCACCUCUGGCACCUCGACCUUCACCAUCCCGAUCACCCAGACUAGCACCAUCACCCUGACCAAGACCACUGUCUGCACUGCCUGUGAGGAGAAGCCCGUGACCUUCGCCAACGUCACCGUUGCCAGCACUGUCCCUGCCACCGCUGCUGUCGUCACCUCCGUCCCCGCUGUUGAGACUACCGCUGCUGUUGUCCCCGCUUCGUCCCAGGCUGUCUCCACUCCUCUUGUGGUUGCUUCUUCCGCCGUUGGCACUCCUGCUGUUGUGGCCUCCAGCGCCGUCUCCGUCCCUGCUGAGUCCUCUGCCGUUGCCGUCCCCGCUGAGUCUUCUGCCGUUGCCGUCCCCGCUGAGUCUUCUGCCGUUGCCGUCCCCGCUGAGUCCUCUGCCGUUGCCGUCCCCGCUGAGUCCUCUGCCGUUGCCGUCCCCGCUGAGUCCUCUGCCGCCGCCGCCUCCAGCGCUGUUUCCGUCCCCGCUGAGUCCUCUGCUGCUACCCCCGCUGAGAGCCAGGCCGCUGCCCCUGCCGUCUCUGUGCCCUCUGAGUCUGCUUCCACCUCCGCUGAGAAGCCCGAGUCCACUGGUGUCUUCACUGGUGCUGCUUCCAGCGUCAAGCCCGCUGCCGGUCUCCUGGCUGGUGUUGUCGGUCUCUUCGCUCUGCUGUAA